AUGAACGAGCAGUACAUAACAGAAGACAACAACAGCGUUACGGAAGUCAGCGCAAACGGCCAAACCUAUGGCAACAUGUCGGUUGCUUCAGAAUCCGGUUUUAAUUCUUCUGCGGACGGUUACGACAACAGAAAAAAGUCGAAUUCUUCCAUUCAAGAGCAAGAUGUUGCGAAGCAUGAGCAACAGGCUGUCAAUAGAUCAAAACUAGUCGUGGCUUUAUUUCUAUUGCUCGCAGCUUGUGCAUCCGCUGCUGGAACGUACCUUUUCGUUGAACAGCAAGAGCGAAAGGACUUUGAAGAUCAAUUUCAUAGCUAUGCAACGGAGUUUGUUGCUGUGACAAGGCAAAAGACGGAUCAACUCUUCAACGCCUUGAAUUCGUUCUCAGUAAGCGUUUCGUCCGAAGCAAAAGCAACAAACCAAUCCUGGCCUUUUGUUACAAUCAGUGACUAUUCAACGAAGGUACGCUUGUUUGCAGAACUCAUUGACGUACCUGGAGCUACUAUGGCCUUCUUGCCUGUGGUCAACGGGGCUGAUCACGUACAAUGGGCGACCCAUACGAUGGAAGAUGCUCGAGGCUAUUUCCAGAACGCUAUUAAUACCGAGGCCUUCGAUAUGACAGUUGAUGAACUCAUGGCCUUGACCACCCCAUUGGUCCACUAUUAUGACGAAGAAAAUGGUUAA